CAUCGAGGCCGGCGCGGCGUUGGCCGGGAGCAGGCCGGGCCCCUCGGCCCCGCGCUGCUCGCUGCUGGAGCUGCCGCCGGAGCUGCUAGUGGAGAUAUUCGCCUCGCUGCCCGGCACCGACCUGCCCAGCCUGGCCCAGGUCUGCACCAAGUUCCGGCGCAUUCUGCACACCGACACCAUCUGGAGGCGGCGCUGUCGGGAGGAGUAUGGCGUUUGUGAAAACCUUCGGAAGCUGGAGAUCACGGGCGUGUCCUGCCGUGAUGUCUAUGCCAAGCGUAUAAACCCUCGCGUGAAGUCGGGCCGUUUCAUGAAAAUCCUUCCCGAUUACGAGCACAUGGAGUACAGAGAUGUGUACACCUGCCUGCUUCACCGAUACCGACACAUCUUGGGGCUCUGGCAGCCAGACAUCGGGCCGUAUGGGGGGCUGCUGAACGUGGUGGUGGAUGGCUUAUUCAUUAUUGGGUGGAUGUACCUGCCUCCCCAUGACCCUCAUGUUGACGACCCGAUGAGAUUCAAACCUCUAUUCAGAAUCCACCUGAUGGAGAGAAAGUCUGCCACAGUUGAAUGUAUGUACGGCCACAAGGGGCCCCACCACGGCCACAUCCAGAUCGUGAAGAAGGAUGAGUUCUCCACCAAAUGCAACCAGACGGAUCACCACCGGAUGUCAGGUGGCAGGCAAGAGGAGUUCCGGACGUGGCUGCGGGAGGAGUGGGGGCGGACGCUGGAGGACAUCUUCCAUGAGCACAUGCAGGAACUGAUCCUGAUGAAGUUCAUCUACACCAGCCAGUAUGAGGCCUGCUGGACCCUACUGGCCCUUUGUAUCGUGUCCAUUUCACCUGGCAUGCAGGCUCCCUCGUCAGGGCAAUGGGGCGAGAGUGGGACCCAGCCUCCUACAGCCCUGGUUCCUGGAGGCCACCCUGGAGAAGGGAAAAGGGGAAGCAUGCCUUGGACUGAGGCUCCAUGGACACGGGCAGUUGUGGAUGUGCUUCCGGAAGGGCACACCUGGCCCUCAGGCCUGGUGAACACCAACACUGGUUGUCAGGGCCCCGUGUCUUGGCAGACCCCACAUACCCGAGUAAGCAACUGUCUGACAUACCGCCGGAUCUACCUCCCACCCAGCCACCCCGACGACCUCAUCAAGCCCGGCCUCUUCAAGGGCACCUAUGGCAGCCAUGGCCUGGAGAUUGUCAUGCUCAGCUUCCAUGGGAGGAGGGCCCGGGGCACCAAGAUCACCGGUGACCCCAAUAUCCCAGCCGGGCAGCAGACAGUGGAGGUGGACCUCAGGCACCGCAUCCAGCUGCCUGAGGCUGAGAACCUGCGCAACUUCAACGAGCUCUCCCGCGUGGUGCUGGAGGUACGCGAGCAGGUGCGGCAGGAGCAGCAGCGGCAGCAGGAGGGCGAGCAGGAGGAUGGCCAGGACCCCGCCUCACCCACGGGGGAGCCACCGGCCAAGGGGGCUGCAGCGGGGCCUGCCGAAGGAACUGCCGAAGGCCACCAGGAACCCGAGGGCAGCAGCGGGGCAGCGGCCCAGCAGCCCACCGAGCCGGGGCAGCCAUUUGUGCUGCCCGUGGGCGUGAGCUCGCGGAACGAGGACUACCCCCGCACCUGCAGGAUGUGCUUCUAUGGCACAGGACUCAUUGCGGGCCACGGCUUUACCAGCCCCGAGCGCACCCCCGGCGUCUUCAUCCUCUUUGAUGACGACCGCUUCGGCUUCAUCUGGCUGGAGCUCAAGUCCUUCAGCCUGUAUAGCCGGGUCAAGGCUGCCUUCCAGAAUGCGGAUGCGCCCUCCCCACAGGCCUUUGAUGAGAUGCUCAAGAACAUCCAGUCCCUCACCUCCUGAUGGCUUGCUGCAAGAGGUGGCUGCGGGCGCCGGGCCCAGCUGGGGCGGGAGCAUGCGCUAUGGGAACCCGGCCACCCCCACACUGUAGAGCCUGUACCAUACGCCUGUACAUUUGUCAGUAGCCGCGGUGGGAGAAGCUGAGCAUGUCUUACAAAGUGAAGCAAAGAAAAAAAAGGCAGCAGAACCAAACUGAUGCAGAGGCCAGGCUCCAGGGGCCUGUGAGUAAUGGAACUGGGGAAGCUAGCAUGUCCUCUGCCUGCUAGCUCUCCUAGGGAAAACGGAGACCUCCCUCAGGAACAUGUGCCUUGAGGAGGGCAGGGUCUCCCGUAAGCGUGAUAAACUUUGCAGUGUGUGAGAUGAAACUGCUGCCCCGAUGCCUGACAUCAGGACGGGAAGGAGUUAUCAGGCCGGGAUGCGGGCUCGGCAGUCAGUGAAUGUCUGGCAGGUCAGAACCCCGGCAGAGCUCCCUGUGCCCCUGCUGGCCCCUCUGGAUUUUGGACAGAGACGUGUCACCUAUGGUCUCAGGAGAGGGUGUUCAUGAUGAGGUUACCAGUCAGGGUCCUCUGGGGCUCCGAGAGGGCGCUGCUGGGAUGCGCAGGGCUGCUGGCCAGGCCCAGGGACCUGACAAGCUCUGUGGCUGUGCCCGUAGAUGGCAGAGGGUCCAAGAGGGUCUGCUGAGACUCAGGGACAGAGGCUGGUGAGGACGUGUGUUCGGUCUGUGGCUCUGGGAAGCAAAGGGAGUUAUUUAUAGGUUGGCAGAGGCACAGGCAGUGGGAAUUUGUAAAAAGGCUGGUCCCGGUGUUCCGGGGACACCAAGGGGUGGUGUCUGUAUGGUGGCAGCACACAGUUGCCUUCGUGGGUCCCUGGGCUCAUGCCUGCACUCCUCACCAGGCUUGACAAUAAAUCCCCAGCUCACCACCAGCUUGUGUCGGCACAGACCCAUCCUCGGGUCCUGGAGGGGACGAGGGAUAUGCUUUCACUGUCCGUCCUCGGAGGUGUGUAAAGUGGACGGAAGUGGCGGGGUGUCUGGAUGGUGGGUGCAGUGGCUGGGAGUACAGCUGUGCCCGAUCUCCACGGGGACUGCGUGCUGACAGCCUAAUGCUACACGGUGGCAUUGGGGUGUGGACAGCGAGGGAAUAAGGCCUUCUGGGGGGCUCGCUCUCUGGGCCACCGUGUGCACAGGGAGACCAGCCAGGACAUGGCAUGGGGUGGGACCUGGUGAGUU